AGAAUUUUAGUUACAAACGAAAUUUCAACCCGAUUGGUGUGCAAUAAAAAGUUAACUAAAAGCUCAAUCCCUUUUUUUUGUUGUACCUACAUUUUAAGUAAUAUAAAUAAAUACCAACGACUACCUCAACGACCAUGCGUGAGUUAUCGCUGUUGGGUUUGGGCUUGACCAUUUUAUGCUGCUUCAUCGCUUCCACUAGCCCCGUUGUCGCUACUGCGACCGCGGCCGAAACGACGACCUCUCGUCCGCCGCCCAUUUACAUCAACAACAAAAUACCCACCGUUGAUGUCAGCUGCAUGGUGCGCUACAAGUGCCUCGAGAAGUUGAAGGGCGCAACCGUGCCACCCAAGCCCUGCGUGAAGUAUUGUGUGAAAUUUAUUGAAUGCCCGAAUGCGGCGAAGAUUCGCGGCACAGCCGAUCAGUGCGUGGAAUUGGAUGAGGCUGCAGUACGGCGACAGUACGAGCAAGACACCAAGAGUGGCGAAAGCAUACAUGUGAUGAGGGUUGCGAUGAUUGAUUUCCCCUGCCGCCCCGGUUUUUUGCCCGACGACAUGGGCCGCUGCCGUGAAGUUUGGUGAACGAAACGAUGUGUAGUGAAAUGAUAAAUUGAGUUUGUUUAUUUGAAAGUGCGGUCGAAAUAAAUUUGAAAAAAAAAA